CGAAAAAGGUCAGGCAAAACUGAAGCAAACAAUGACAUUUUUGAUAUUGAAUCUUUGUUUGAUUCUACUUCUGCCAUUUUAUUCCGCAAAUAUCUCAACCAAUCUGCAGUCUUCAUUCAUUCAUAAUAUAGUGAAUGGUGACAAAACUAUUCGCGCUACUCCCUUCUUUGUCCUGAUUCAGCUAGAUUUUUUUGAUAGAGAAUGCGCUGGUGCUGUUAUACACAGAAAAUGGGUAGUCACGUCGGCCUUAUGUAUCACACAUGAAUCUGGUCAUUCCACGAAAGCCGAUGAAAUCAUAAUACUCGUGCGGAAGUUCGAUACCAACGUCGAAAGAGGCAAAGCAGUCUUAGCUUCCAAUAUCUUCAUACCAGAUGAUUUCGAUCAAAACCAUCAUACGAAUGACUUGGCUCUUAUUAAGCUUCAAAAAACUUUGCCUCAGUUCCGCGUCAUCGAGAUGUGCAAGGAAAAUCCAGCCUCUUUUGACACUCAUGUCAUAGCUGUUGGUGUCGGGUCUACGAGUCAAAGUCCGCUCACUCCAGCAACCUCUCUUCGCGAAAUAACCCUCAAGACAUCUCCAUUUCAGUUCAUUGAUUCUUGGCUGAAGUUUGAUUUUUGUCCUCCGGGUCUGGUAUGCACUGAGACUACUGUGAGAGGCUCUGGGUUGUGUCACAACGACGAUGGUAGUCCUCUGUUUCUCAGAGAUUGUGAGACAAAAAAACCUAUUUGUCUCCUGGGAAUAGCAACUCCGACCUUGAAAGAUGAGAGUCCACUGAUAGACUGCAAAGGUCAAGCCGACUUCACCAGUAUUCCACACUCAAAGGAUUGGAUAUCAACCAGUAUCAUGUCCAAUCAAUAA